CCGAACGGGCAACACGUCUAACAAACUCCCGCUACCCCAGCACCCGCCCUGACGUUGUGCAGUGCCCGAGUGAGAACGCAUACUGUGAUUUGUUUUGAGUGUGACGUCACUAAGUGCUUGUGAACGUAACAUAAUUGUGUUUAGUGCACUAUGCGGUUGUUAUCAACGUUAUGAAUGGUCUGGACCGCUGCUUCUUCGAUCAACGUGAGUCACAACAUCAUGGGGAUGACUGCAGUUAUAGUUAUAUAAGCCUGGGCCGGCUGCACCCGUACGGCUCGGGCAGCGGCAGCGGUUCUAGCAACGGCAGCGGCCGCCGUCGCACGCGCAGCCGCGGCCUCUCGGACUCUCCUACCCUCCCCACCACCCCCACUUCCGCCUCCGACAACGCUUCGGACGCCACCCUCACGGAUUCAGAGUUGCCGCUCGCGAGGGACUCAACUCUGCUCGUGCAAAACGGCAUGCUGAGAUCUACUUACGACCGGCCAGAUCACGAACGUUGUCUUCUAGAAGGUUCGCGGCUCCCGCCCGAUGUGCCACCCCGGAACCCGACCAUGCCUCGUCUGAACGGACGCAUCACUGGCAACCCAGCCGACCUGGGCGACUUCGAGCCCUCUUGCCUCGUCAGGACUCCUUCGGGGAAUUUCUACGUGCCUUCAGGGGACAUACAAAAGAAUCCGUCUAUGGACUACAAAUCCAAUUCCUCGUGUAGCAGUCCUGGGAAACAGGACAAAAGCACCUUAGAGAGGAUGGACAGAAGCGACAGGUCGCACCCGGCAUUCGGGGCCCCUGUGCCGGUCCUCCCCGUCAGGAAUAACCUCCGCGCCUCCCACUUCCCUCCCGCGGCCUCCCGGUUCCAUUUCAGGAAAGGCCUCUCGUCUAGAUGCUCUUGGAAAUGUACAGCCAUAGUGUUCAUAAUCCUCUUUGUUCUACUAUUAGCCAUUGCCUCUUAUACGUCAGCCUCAUAUUUCGUCAACUGGUCAUACCAGAAUUCGAAAGCAUGUAAAGUACUAGUUGGUGAAUCAACUGAGUCGUUCGCAGCGUCCAAAGCUACGACGCUGGACUCAAGUAACAAGUCUCUCGCGAGACCGCACCAGAGCUCGCCUUCCACCGGCUCAGGUAAAGAGGAAUCUCAUUCACGCCCUCGUAGAAGUGUAGAUGGGCAUGCUUCUUCUAUUUCUUCUUCCACGGAUUCCUUCACUGCUGUAGAUAUGCAUGAACUAAUCACGCCUUCUGUGAGCACUGUUAGUUUAGUGCAUGGUGUGGCAGCUGCGGCGACGGGGACAACUACACCACAAGAAGAAACGACGGUUAAAGCUUUUGGUUCUAACAGUGUAUAUAACCCAACUAUCGGUGAUGUUACUAAUACUGGUGAUUUAACAAAGGGCGAUAGUACGCUUGAAAUGAUUUCGCCUAACAAUUACGAAUCAUCACCUACAAUAACUACAACAGUAACUGAAAGUGGUAUGAGUAGCGCAACCAAUCCUAUAGCGGCUACUGCUACCACACCAAUGAAGUCAACAAUAACAGAACAAAGUUAUGUGGAACAACCACCAGAUAUAACAAAUUCUGACACAAAACAGGAACUGCCUUCGCUGGAAAUUAAAAAAAAUGAAAUUGCGUAUGACCCUGAGUCAAUGCAAAGUGAUUCAUUUCUAUCAAUUCAUUCUUAUGGUUUACAAAAACUCAAAUAUUUAAGACUUAUGGCUGAGCUUAAAGAAAUUAAUGCCGAAUUACAUAUUCAAACAAAUGAUUCAACGGAGGCAAUAAAAGAUCUCGAUAAAUUUCGCUACGAUGAAGAACAAAUUGAUAUUAGUAAAACAGAUACCACUACUGCUACUACUUUAUCUUCGGAGUCAUCUGAAGUUACAACCGCAGUUCCUCUUACAACAAUUGUAACACCUUACACCUUUAACCCUGUACAAGAUCCUCCACUUACCACUGUUAAUUAUUUAACAACACAUGAGCACAUUGAUUCAUCACCAUCAACAUCGAGUGUACCACCAUCACCAGAAUCGAGUGUUACCACUAACUCUAAUAUAAACAGCACAUCAACAUCAACAAAUUUGCCAAAAAAUGAAGAUUCUACUGUAAAUAUUGUUUCGGAAUCAACCACAAAAAACCCUGAACAGCCGUCUAAUCCCAAACAUGUUUUGAUCAACUUAACAAUAUCUGCCGAUGAUGCUGAAAAUUCUUCUUAUAAACCAUUUUAUUCAUUAACAGUGACAGUUCCAACUCUUGGUGAUAGUAAUGAAAUUCCGACAGUUAAAAUAACACCAAUAGAUACGGAACCAACAGCGCCGACUAAAUUCAAUAAACCAGUUGUAAUAGAAAACACAUCCAAGAAUGACAAAACUCCAGAUACGAUACCAACCAACAUGGGUGGAAAUUGUGAAUGUUCAUGCCCUAUAUGUGAUGUUUCUAAUACAACAGAUGACUUUUAUUACGACUUUUUUGAAAAAUCUACCACAAAUAAAGCAAACAGCAAAGAAUCCAGUACAAUCGAAAGUAGCACAGGUAGUGACAUGUCAACAGAAUUUUAUAGUACAACUGAAAUAAGUUCAGAAACGUCCACUGAAGAGAAUCCUUCAACAAGUGAGGGUACGGAAUCGACUACUGACUUUACAACUGAAUCACCCGGGUGUAUGACGGAAGCGGUUAAAUGUGUAUGUCCCAAGGUAGAGCCUCCACCUAUACUUAUACUAGAAGGUGCGCGAACGUUCCCCGCACAGUCGUUCCCUCCGGAUGGGACGACGUUCAAACAAAUUACUUUAGGUGAAAAAUUAUCAAAAGAAAUCCCUCCAUAUAGUUACUGGAACAUGCAAUUCUACCAAUCAGAAGCUUCUUAUGUGAAAUUUGACUACAUGAUACCACGAGGAGCUUCGAUAGGAGUGUAUGCGAGGCGGAAUGCAUUGCCGACGCAUACGCAAUACCAUUUCUUGGAAGUUCUCAGUGGAUUCAAAGCAAGAACUACCAGGGCAUCACAUCCAUCGGUCAAGAAAGAAGUAACACACUACAUGGAGCAAGGUCACUGGUUUCUAUCUCUCUACAAUGACGAUGGCGAUCCUCAAGAAAUCACGUUCAUUGCAAUGGUAGCUGAAGAUAUGACGCAGAAUUGUCCAAAUGGCUGCUCGGGGAAGGGCGAAUGUUUGAUGGGACACUGCCAAUGUCAGCCUGGUUUUGGAGGAGACGAUUGCAGUGAAAGUGUUUGUCCAGUGCUGUGCAGUCAACGCGGAGAAUAUAUAAAUGGAGAAUGCCAAUGCAAUCCUGGUUGGAAAGGGAAAGAAUGCUCAUUGAGACACGACGAAUGCGAAGUGCCUGACUGCAACGGCCACGGUCAUUGCGUCAAUGGGAAAUGUGCUUGUGUUCGAGGGUACAAAGGCAAAUUUUGUGCAGACGUCGACUGCCCCCACCCGACGUGUUCCGGCCACGGUUUCUGCAUCGAAGGCGCUUGCGUCUGCAAGAAGGGUUGGAAAGGACUCGACUGUGCUACUAUGGACAAAGACGCACUCCAAUGCCUGCCCGACUGUUCCGGUCACGGAACUUUCGAUGUCGAUACGCAGACUUGUACAUGCCACGCGCGAUGGUCUGGUGAAGACUGUUCAAAAGAGGUUUGCGAUUUAGACUGCGGCCCACAUGGCAGGUGUGUGGGAGAGUCUUGCGUAUGUGAUCCGGGCUGGACGGGCGAAUAUUGUACGUCGAAACUCUGCGACGCCCGCUGCAGUGACCACGGACAAUGCAAGAACGGCACAUGUCUCUGUGUUUCCGGGUGGAACGGGAGACAUUGUACUCUGGAAGGAUGUCCUCGGGGAUGUGCCGGUCAUGGUCAGUGUAGAGUUGCAAACGAUGGCCAUUGGGAGUGCAAGUGCUUUGACGGAUGGGAUGGACCUGACUGCACAACGUUGAAGGAACAAAUCUGUGACGACUCUAAGGAUAAUGAUAAAGAUGGUCUGAUCGACUGUGAGGAUCCUGAAUGCUGUCAAAGUGCCGCCUGCAAAGGUAGCCAACUUUGCGUCUCCUCGCCGAAACCCACCGACAUAUUGCUCCGGAAGCAGCCUCCAGCGAUCACAGCAUCAUUCUUCGAGAGGAUGAAGUUCCUCAUCGACGAGGGAAGUCUGCAGAACUACGCGAAACAGGAGACCUUCAACGAAAGCCGUUCAGCCGUGAUUCGGGGGCGAGUGGUCACAUCUCUGGGGUCUGGUUUGGUGGGAGUCAGGGUGUCCACGUCGACUCCUCUAGAGGGCUUCACCUUGACAAGAGAAGACGGUUGGUUCGACCUCCUUGUCAACGGAGGCGGAGCCGUGACUUUGCACUUCGGAAGGGCGCCGUUCAAACGCUCCUCGCAAGUCGUAUAUGUGCCUUGGAAUGAGGUUGUGAUAAUAGACGAAGUAGUGAUGACGACGUCAGACGAGAAAGGCGGCAUGGGGGGCCCGCAAGCCUGCUUGGCCCACGACUACGACGCCAUGAAGCCGGUGGUGCUGGCCACGUGGAAGCACGGCUUCCAGGGCGCCUGUCCUGAUAAGAGCGCCAUUCUUGCUGAGUCACAGGUGGUACAAGAAAGCCUGCAAAUCCCCGGCACUGGCCUGAACCUGGUCUACCACAGCUCCCGAGCGGCCGGCUAUCUCUCCACCAUACAACUCCAACUGACGCCAGAGAAAGUCCCACCGACCUUAGCCCUCAUCCAUUUACGAAUCACCAUCGAAGGAAUACUCUUCGAGAAGACUUUCGAAGCUGAUCCCGUGAUAAAGUUUACGUAUCCGUGGAACAGAUUGAAUGUUUAUAGGCAGAGGGUGUAUGGAGUUACGACGGCGCUGGUCAAAGUGGGUUAUCAAUACACAGAUUGUAAAGAUAUCAUUUGGAAUGUUCAGACGACGAAACUCAGCGGUCAUGAUAUGAGCAUAUCUGAUGUUGGCGGAUGGAACUUGGAUAUUCAUCACCGUUAUAAUUUCCAUGAAGGUAUCCUCCAAAAAGGCGACGGUACGAACAUCUACCUGAAGCACAAACCGCGCCUCAUCAUCACGAGCAUGGGCGACGGGCGGCAGCGCGCGCUGGAGUGCGCGGGCGCAGAGUGCGCGGGCGCGGCGCCCCGGCAGCGGCUGCUGGCGCCGGUCGCGCUGGCCGCCGCGCCCGACGGCUCCAUCUUCGUGGGAGACUUCAAUCUCGUGAGGAAGAUCAGCACGGACGGGACAGUGCGCACGGUGGUUAAAUUGAAUGCCACCCGUGUCUCCUACCGAUACCACAUGGCCUUGUCGCCCCUGGACGGGACUCUGUACAUAUCAGAUCCCGAGUCACACCAGAUUAUCAAAGUUCGCAACACCGACGACUACAACGACCCUGAACACAACUGGGAAACCGUUGUAGGCUCAGGCGAGAGGUGCCUCCCAGGAGACGAGGCACAUUGUGGCGAUGGAGCCCUAGCGAGAGAUGCCAAACUCGCAUACCCUAAAGGCGUUGCAGUUUCAAGCGAUAACGUCCUUUACUUUGCUGAUGGAACCAACAUCCGAAUGGUCGAUAGAGAUGGCAUUAUCACCACUGUAAUCGGUAAUCACAUGCACAGGGCUCAUUGGAAACCAAUACCAUGUGAAGGAACGCUAAGUGUCGAAGAAGUGCAUUUAAGAUGGCCCACAGAACUAGCUAUCAAUCCAUUGGAUAACAGUCUACAUAUCAUUGAUGACCAUAUGAUCUUACAAAUGGCUCCAGAUGGUCGCGUAAAAGUAAUCGCUGGAAGACCUUUGCAUUGUCCUUCGCCAUUGACUGGCUAUGAUAUGGAAUUGGCAACGUAUGCAACCUUAGUUAUGCCUCAAAGCAUUGCGUUUGGAGCCGCCGGAGACUUGUAUGUAGCUGAGAGUGAUUCCCAGAGGAUCAAUAGAGUUCGGCUUAUCACGACUGAUGGAAAAAUUUCACUAUACGCUGGAGCUGAAUCCAAAUGUAAUUGCCUGGAACGAGCAUGUGAUUGCUUCGAAGCCGAUCAUUUCCUAGCGUCUAACUCCAAAUUCAACACCAUUUCCGCUGUAAUUGUGAGCCCCGAUGGUAUAGUUCAUAUCGCUGAUCAGGCUAAUUACAGAAUUCGAUCCGUCAUUUCAAGCAUACCCGAUGCAAGUGGUGCUAGAGAAUACGAGAUAUACUCCCCUGAUACUCAGGAGAUAUAUAUCUUCAACAGAUUUGGCCAACACAUCAUGACAAAGAAUAUCCUCACUGGAGAAAACAACUACGUCUUUGCUUACACAGUCAAUACCAGUAAUGGAAAACUCAGCACGGUCACUGAUGCUGCCGGCAACAAGGUAUUCUUGUUAAGAGAUUAUUCCAGCAUGGUUAAUUCCAUAGAAAACACGAAAGGACAGAAAUGUAGACUGAAGAUGUCUCGAAUGAAGAUGUUGCAAGAACUAAGAACGCCUGAUAACUUCAACGUAACGUUUGACUACCACGGGACUACCGGUUUACUAAAAGCCAAAUACGACAGUACUGGAAGAAGUUACAUUUACAAAUACGAUGAAUUUGGCAGACUUACAUCGGCCGUAACACCGACUGGAAGAAUCAUCAAUUUAACAUUCGAUCUUAGCCUCAAAGGAGCAACUGUUCUUGUAAGCGAAAAUAAUAGAAAACCCGUUUCAAUAUUAAUCAAAGGUUCCUCUGUGAAGACCAAGGUCGGUGAAGCUGAAAAGAAAACUAUAAUUUCAACUGACGGUAGUAUUUCUUCUAGCAUGCCUUGGGGCCAUGUUAUCUCAACUGACACCGUUCCUUACACUAUUCUAUCAGAAAUCGAUCCUAUUCUCGGAGAAAGUUAUCCAGUGCCAGCCAAACAAAGAACUGAAGUUGGAGGUGACUUGGCGAAUCGUUUUGAAUGGCGUUAUUUCUUACGAAGGCUAUUAUCCAACAAAGGAAAGAGCAGUAAAGCAGUCGCUCAAAUAGGUCGUAAACUGAGAGUUAAUGGUGAAAAUCUUCUUACACUAGAAUACGACAGAGAUACCUCAACGGUCGCUGUUUUCAUGGACGAUAAAGUAGAACUUCUUAACGUUACUUAUGAUAGAACCGCCAGACCAGUAAAAUGGGGCCCAAGGAACGGUAUCUUUGCAGAAGUGGAGCUUGAGUAUGAUAGAUUCAACAGAUUAACCAGAUGGAGCUGGGGUGAUCUCAAUGAGACCUAUGGAUUUGACAGAGCUGGAAGAUUACACGAGAUCCGAUAUGGCGAUGGUUCCUCUUUGGCUUACUCGUUCAGAGAUAUGUUCACAAGUCUGCCCUUGAAGGUAACGACGCCUAGAGGAAGUGAUUACCUUCUAGAUUACGAUGACUCUGGUGCUCUCCAAAAUCUUACUACACCAAGAGGUCACAUUCACACGUUCGCCCUCAUGACUUCACUAGGCUACUUCAAAUAUCAAUACUUCUCUCCAAUGAACAGACAUCCUUACGAAAUUCUCUAUAAUGAUGAUGGUCAUAUCUUAGCAAAGAUUUUCCCUCACCAAUCUGGUAAAAUUUUGUAUGUUUAUGACAGCACAGGCAAAUUGGAGACGAUAUUAGCAGGAGCAUCUGCCAUCAGAUAUGUUUACCAUGAAAACACUCAUCUCGUAAAGAACGUAGAGAUAACGGAUCCAGAUUAUGAACUCAAGCAAGAUUAUAAAUAUCACGCUGGAAUAUUGAAAGAUGAGAAGAUGAAAUUCAAUUCAAAGAGUGGUUUGAACAAUGCUCAUUUCAAAUAUCAAUAUGAUGGCAAUGCUCGUCUAUCAACUAUAGAUGCUAAUAUUAACAGCAAGGAAAUGCCACAGAUUAGACUCAAAUAUAACCAGAAUCUUGGAAUUCUCGAAGGAGUAAGUGAUCUGAGAAUUUACAGGAAUACUUUCAACCGCUCCGUUAUGCAAGAUACAAGCAAACAAUACUUCACUAUCACUGACUACGAUGACCACGGCAGAAUCAAGACAAUUUUGAUGAACAUCAAAUCUUUCGACGUUUUCCGCCUGGAGUUGGAAUACGACGUAAGAAACCGAAUCAAAUCGAAAAAGAUGAUGAUUGGCGAUACUUCUUCCAACGAACGAAUCAGUUAUAACUACGACGGUCAUCUCAUGGAAGUGGUCGGAUCCGAAGAUGACUGGAAAUACGUUUAUGAUGAGAACGGCAACGUUAUCGGUGUUAUUGAGCAUGGCGAAAAGCGAUAUCUCGGUUAUGAUAUCGGAGACAGAGUUGUACAGUACGGAGAUAUUGAAUUCAGCAGUUACGAUGGUCGUGGUUUCGUCAUUAGACGUGGAGAACAAAAGUACAGAUACAACUCUAGAGGUCAAUUCGUCCAUGCCUUUGAGAGGGAUAAGUUCCAAAUGUGGUAUUAUUACGACGAUAGGAACAGGCUGGUGGCUUGGAAAGACGAUAAAGAUAAUAUUACCCAAUUCUACUACGCGAAUCCGCAAACACCGAACUUGAUCACGCAUAUGCAUUCUCCGAAGACAGAAAAGACUGUUCGCUACAUUUAUGACCAGAGAGAUUUCCUUACAGGGAUCGAAGUUGACGACGUCCGUUAUUAUGUAGCUACAGACCAUAAUGGCUCACCUCUCGUAGUUUUCGAUGUCAACGGUGAGAUCAUUAAAGAAAUCAAGCGCAGUCCAUUCGGAAAGAUCAUAAAAGAUUCCAACCCUGGCUUCUAUCUACCAGUUGACUUCCACGGUGGAAUUUUCGACUACAACACGAAUUUAAUUUAUCUCGAAAAUAGGUUGUAUGACCCAAUGGUCGGUCAGUGGAUGACUCCAAGUUGGGAACAUUUGGCCACUAAAUUGAGCCUACCAACGGACAUAUUCAUCUACAGAUUUAAGAACAAUGACCCUAUAAACAAGAACCAGAAUGUUCCUUACAUGACCAAUUUGGGCAGCUGGUUGCAGCUUUACGGUUAUGACCUGAAUAAGAUGAUGGGAUCGAAAUACAUAACGGACAUGAUCUUCCAGCCGAUGACGUCAGUGACCGCUCCUCAACUCGCACCUGAUUUCGGAGUGAUGUCUGGUCUACAAUGCAUUAUUGAAAAGGUGAAUGACAAAUUAUCGGACAUAGAUUUCGUGCCAACACCCCUUUUAAAGACGGAGCCGAUAACCAGAAACUUACUUCCACGCGUGUCCUACAAGCGUGGAGUGUUCGGAGAGGGCGUCCUCAUCUCCAGGGUCGAUGGCAAAGCUUUCAUCAGCGUCGCAGACGGUGCUAACAGCGUCGUCGAAGAUGUCAUCACGACGGUGUUCAACAAUUCUUAUUUCCUGGACGUCCACUUCAGUAUCCAUGAUCAAGACGUGUUCUACUUCGUCAAAGAUAACUCGCUGAAGAUCAGAGACGAUAUGGAAGAGUUGAGGCGCUUGUCUGGAAAAUUCAAUGUAUCGCAGGACGAAACGAACGAUCAAGGAUCUGAGGUGAGAGUGCACGCAGUCGGAAAAGGCUCUGCUCAGGCGGUCAUAGUGCUCCGGUACGGAGUGGACCCGGCGCAGGAGCGGAUCAAACUUCUGAAGCACGCGCACAAACGGGCCGCCGCCCGCGCCUGGGAGCGGGAGAAAGCGCUGGUGGCCGCCGGGUGGGAGGGCCGCGGCUCCUGGACCGAGGAGGAGAAAGAGGAACUCAUCUCCCACGGCAUCGUCGACGGCUGGGCGGCCCGCGACGUCCACUCCGUGUCCAAGUACCCGCAGCUCGCAGACGACCCCGCCAACAUCGUGUUCGUCCGCGACGGCAGACGGAAACGGAGAAAGAGCGGCCGCGCGCGCCAUCGCUCGUGACUCCAUUGAACGUGCCAUACGCCAUAUUGAACUCCGCGCGUGACGUCUGCUGUCAAAAAAGAAAUGACAGCCGAUUUCGCGCGCGGAAAGAUAAGGCUUUAGUUUUAUUUUUUAUAGGACUGAAGUGUUUCGACGGUAUGCCUCGAUAGAAAGUUUCUAAUUUUAGAGCUCUUGUGAUCGUUCUGAAACUAUUUGUGUAAGUAGUGAAGGCGAUGCCUACGGAUCGGAUAGAAUAAGGAUUGACUCUGAAGACGGACAAAGAAUGUGGCGGUGCCAUAAAGCAUCGAUAUGCUUUUCGUACUUAGGCUUAUCGUUUGAACCCCAUUUGAAGCUUUAUUUUGAUAUUUUUUUGCUCUUUUAAUGUCGGACUGAAAAGAAUCUCUUGUAACAACUCACAACAGGGUACCGAGUCAUAAAUAAAAAGAAAUUUAAUAAUUAAACUAAUAAUACGGCGAGCUGAGCAUAAUAAUCGAACCAAAUAAUACUCAAAUGCGAUCACAAUUUUUUAUCACAUUUUGAUAUUUUAUUUUACUAAAUACCUUAAUAUAUUAAUCCCAUAUACACAUCACUUAGAAUAUAAUUUCCACAAACCAUGUAUUCCUAUCACAUUUUAGCCAAAUAUUUCUUUCUAUCCAUACAUUUAGAUAUUUGUAAAUAAUAUUUUAUUCUUGUAGUUGUUCCUUUUAAUGUUAGACCUAAGGUCUUUUUUACUUCGCAAUACUAUUACUAUUUAAGCAAUAAUUUUAUAUUUUUUAUAUAUCCACAUGCGUCUGACUCUUCAAAUUAAGUGACCCCCGGCCACCCCCGCACACCAACCCCAUUUUCUAAGGCGACGAUCCCCGCUGAAACUUGUCGCAUUAAAUUUGCAGAGAUCAGAGCCUCAUCCCAGGUCGACUCCCACUAGCCGUUCGGAGCGACAGUGUUCUAAGUAGCUAUUCAAUAACCCCGUAACAUAAAAGUAGCAUGGCCUCGUAAUAAAUAGACAAAUAAAAUAAAACUAAUUAAAGUACAGAAAACGUUAAUACGUACAUUCUGCAUGUGUUGUGCAAUAAUCUUACAGUAGAAGUACAUACGCGUAGGGUCAGCCUUCUCGCCGACUUAUUGUAGCCGCGCGUUUUUAGAGACUGAAUUUUUUUUUUCAUUUCCUCAGUUGCGUCGUGAGUGCGAACGAAAUAGGGCCACUACUACGAAUCCCUAUACGACAUUGUCACGAAGUUAGCAAGCUGAAAUGAAACUCUGUGAAACCUUUACACGGCCGUUUCAGCUUGGUAACAUAUGCGUUCAUUACGCAACUGAGAGCUAUCUUAUCUUUCUUCGUUUAAUAAUAAGUCAGCGGGAAGCGAGGAAAUUGUAAUUUAAAAAGUGUAGUUUAUGAAUAGUAUAUGUCCAUAAAUGUGUCUCAUUUAAAUUGUGGUGUCUAUUCCGUGUUAGAGUACUAAUUUAAUGCUAGUUGACUGAGUGGGUGGUGAUAGGAGCGGAUAUUUUUUACAAAUUAUAUAUUGAUGAUGGGAUUGUACGAGUAUCAAUACCUGGGUCGUCACUGGCCCACGUGAUGGUGAUAUUUAUGCAAAAUGUGACUAAACGAAGCAAUACUGUAAUUUAAUACGUCUUACCCUUUAUUUAGUGAUCGUAAGGUGUAUUUUUAUUUUAAUUGAUAAAAUAUAUAUCUAUUGUGAAUGUAGUUUAUUAUUUCGCGGUGAUAUUUACUAGAACAGUAUAGUUAUCUUUUUUAUAAUGUAUAAAGAAUUCUAAUUUGUAAAUAGGUACUUAAUGAGGAUGUAAUCUGUAAAAAUAUUGUACAUAUCUUUACGCUUCGAUUAUUUAUAAUGUAUCCGUUAAGGUUUUAGAGUUACUGAUGAAAUGAAAAAUACAAACAGUUGUUGGCGCAAGAACCCGGUUAUACCCAGACAAGCCUAACGACGCUAACGAUUGUCGACGAACUAACCGUAGACGUAACACGUAAAAGUAACAAUAGUAGUGACCCCAGUAUUCAUGCUUUUAAAUUAAAAAUAUAAUUUUAAAUUAGCGUCAAAAAGUUAUUUUUGAGAGUUUUCAUUUUCUAGUUCUAAAGAAUGAUUACAAUUCCGAAAGUGUGUCUUUAACAACUGAAAAAUUUCUCUUCCAUUUUCUAUCUCACUCUGUCUUGUAUCUAUUCUUUCUCAUUAAAAAAAAAUAUUUCGUGUUUUUUUCUCGAUUACUCCUUUUGUUACAUCUACGGAUAUCAGAAGACCAUAGACUUUGACGUUAGAAUUAGAGCUUGUUCUACUUCAUGACAAAAACGGCAUUUAAGUAAAUGUAGAACUGAUUCCUCGUACUGCAUUUAAUUUUUAAUGUAGAUACGAUACGUAGACCCCACUGGGCUUUUAUAUGCUGAUACAAUGAGACGAAUAAAAAAAAUUACGCCUAAUAAUCUGUGACUGACUUUGUGUAUAAUUUUUUUGAGCUAUGUUCUACAAUAUAAUUUUCGUAUUGGUAAAAUUUUAAUGGUAAUUAACGCACAAACUACACCUGAUUUAAUUUAAUUUUUUAAUAAAUAAAAUUUCGAUUAACAUAUCGGAAAUGAAAUGAGAUUUAAAAUGUUAUAAAUAAUGUAAUUUAUAUACCGUUUUAUUUUCCGGGUUUUACAAAUUUUAUUUUGCUAUGACCUAUUUUUUUAAUUAUUGAAGGUCUGUCAUAAAAUUUUUAUAUGCUUAGAAAAAAAGUUUGUGUUGAGCCUAUGUUAGCAAUUGAAUGAAUUGUCAAACUGCCAUUUUAUGACGAUACUAUAAAUUAUUUAGUUUAAAUUAUUGAUAUUGAUUGAUUAUAAUUAAUUUAUUGUAUGUAUUUGGAUGUUAUGUUCAAAGACUAUUAUAUUUAGUUAAUUUUUCUAAACAUUUUGUUAUUAGUCUUCGUAAAUGUGUAUCAGCAUAUAAUGUCUAAUAACUUUGGAUGUAUAGUUAGACUGCAAUCAUACUCAUAGUUGGGUCGCGUGCGUGCUGCGAAAUGUAAGCAUGUACAAUAAUAAAUAUAGAAAGUAUUCUA